AUGGGGGUGUCUGACUUGCUCCAGCGGAUAAACAACAAGGGCAAGGUGCAGGCAGCGGCCCCGCCGAAGGCCACGCCACCGCCUGGAGGCAACAAACCCCCCAUCCGCCCGCCAUUGCCGGGGGCGGGUCUGCGACCGGUCGACCCAGUGGUGGCAGCGUUAAAGGAGAAGCGCCGCCUCGAAAAGGAAAAGAAAGAGGCUGAACUCCGAGCGAAAAAGGGCCUCCCUCCUAAAACAUCCAAGCCAAAGUCUCAGACGGCCAAGAGGGAGCCUGGUGCCCCGCGGGCGCCGCCAAAGAAGCCGCUGGCUAGGCUGAGUCGGGGAGCAACCAAUCUCCCGCCACCACCACCACCACCGCCGCCACGCCCUCCUCGCCAGAAACGCCUGUUCAAUGAACUCAUGCAGAAGGCGAAAGCCAUCGACCCAAAGACAUUACUGGUGGAAUAUAAGCCGCGAUCCAAUACCACUCCUGAACCCACAACCCGGCCGCUGAAGCCUCAGCAGCUAAAACCCUCAGAGCGCUUUGCCGCUAAGGAAGCAGCUCUUCGCCAGCGACAAGGACCGAGACCUCCAUCGGGGCCAAUGCCCUCGGUUUCCCGGGUCGCGGGUAAGAAACCGCCCGCUUCCGGCCGGAUAGCCCCGCCUAAACCCAUGGCUCGAGGCCCUAGUAAGGCGGUACAAGAGCGUCUCCAGCAGCGAAAGCAGCACUAUGGCAGAGGUGGCGACGAUGAGGACGAAUACUAUCUGGAGGAGGAGGAAGAAGACGACGGGUUUGUUGUCGACGACGAGGAGGUCGAACAGGGCUACGAUGACCAGGGCGGUGACUAUGACCGAGAUGAGAUCUGGGCUCUUUUCAACCGAGGCCGCAAGCGCAGCCAUUACACUCGUUACGACGACUACGAUCUGGAUGACAUGGAGGCCACCGGAGCCGAGGUGUUGGAAGAAGAGCAUUAUUCACGGCGCAAUGCCGUGCUUGAAGAUCAGCGGGAAGCCGAGGAAGAGGCUCGUCGCGCCGAAGAAAAACGCCGUCGUAAGCUACAGCGGAGAUCGUGA